AUAAUAUUGAUCUUUUGGCUUUCAUAAUACAGGAAUGAACACAACUAUAACUAUUCGUAGAUAUUGCCAACUUGUGUAAUUUUGAAAUAGUCUAGUUCAAUAAACAGUAUAGGCCAGCGGUUAAGAUAAUGCGAUGUCGAUAUAGAGUAUAAGGAAUAACCUCAAAGAAAUUUAUAACGCUUUCUUUGAAACAAUUGGAAAGUCUCUAUCAUUUCAAGAGCAGCUUUUAACGGUAAUUUAAUACCGCAUAUAAAACGCGAUAAUGGGGAAUUGCAUGAGUUCUUCAACAGGAGGAAAUCCAAAGGCCCAGCCAAGUGGAACGACAUCGAACGAUGUCGAAGGAAUGAAGUCGACGCCGGUGUCAACGUCGUCUGGAUCUGCUAAGCGAGUCGUGUUCGUAUUUGGAUGUUCGGGUAAUGUCGGUGGCGCCACAAUCAGAGCCCUGUCCUCCCAGUUUGGGGAUAAGUUGGAUAUCAAAGCCGGUGUUCGGGAAUCAAGUAUGGCUAAGGCAUCUCCUCUUCAAGAAUUGCCUGGGGUCACGGUUGUUUCUGCUGCAAUGGGCGAUAAAGAGAAUCUAGUUUCCACUCUCAAAGGCGUCGAUGUCAUGUUCGUGACCGUUCCUCCCACUGAAGAUCGAGGUGACAUCAGCAUCCGUACCAUGGAAGCAGGCAAGCAAGCCGGUGUUAACCACGUCAUCGUCGUCAGUUUUCCAGCAGUAGAUCUCGAUAUCUUGUUCGGACGACAAUUUAAGCCCAUUGAAUCUGCUGCGAAAUCUCUUGGCAUGACAUACACAAUCUUACGACUACCAAUGUUUGUCGACAACCUCUUCAUGGCGAAGGACGGGAUCGUUGGUCAGUCGAAAAUAUAUUCUCCGAUGGAAUCAGAUAAACCCUACUGCCCUGUCGUGGUCAAUGACAUCGGCGUUGCUGCUGCGACGAUUAUGGCGUCGUAUGAGAAACACGAAAAUACGACCUACACCUUAACAAGCACCCGGUUUACAUACAGAGAGCUUGCCGUGCUCUUCAGCGAGGCGCUGGGUCGUGAGAUCGUCCACGUACAAGUGCCUUACGAGGCUGGCAAACAAGCCUUUGUGGACAUAGGAAUGCCGGAAUGGCAGGGAGAAGGAGCCAUGGAUCUUGUUCGACUCGUCAACGAAGGGUCUCCGGCUGCCGACAUCGCCGAUAUGGGAGAUUUUAAGAAGAUCACGGGCAAGGACCCGACAGAUAUCAAAACCUGGGUCAACCAAGUCAAGGAUGCCUUUACUGGAUGAGGAACAAAUAUGAACUGGAGAAGAUAAUUAUAAUCAUGACGACGCGUCCAUAAAGUUGAUCACGCUUGUGAUAAUGUGACGAUCGAUGAUGAUGAUGGUGAUGA